AUGCAGAGAGCUGCUGGGGGUGGAGGCAGGGAUGGCGGACAGGGUUUCUGCUGCCCCCUGAAGCUGGCAUCUCAGCUGGCAAAUCCACUUGCUCCUUGGGACCCUCCCUUCACCUUGCCCAGUCCCUGCCAUUUGCUGAGAGUUCAGGGGUGUGGGAGGUGGGUGGAGAGGGUGUGGGUGAGAAAGCAGGGGGCUGGCCGUGGGCUCAGCACCACCCUUCUCUGGAUCUUCCUUCACCUGCACACUGAAGGUGUUUAUUCUAGAACGUUCUCCCAGGCCUCCUCCAGCUGCUCCAUUCUGUCCCUCCUUCCCUUCUCAUUUCCAGUUUUGUGCCCAAUGCACAUGUCACACCUAAUCUGA